CGGACUGGGGCGUUGUACUCCGCAUCUCAUUUGCGGCGGGGCCAAUUUCUCCAUCUCCAAACUCCGCUCGAGAAAAAAAAAUUGAAACAAUUCACGUGUUUUCUCAUCUUAAGCUCGUUUUUUAAAGCGCGUAUUAGUUUCCCUGCGAGACUUUUGGACUCCGAGCCCGUUUUGCUGCUUUAGACGCACCGGGAGGCGGCAGCGUUCCUCGAUUUUUUGGGGGGAGGAAGCCUGCGGUCUUUGUUCAUUCAUUUGAUCGGUUGGGCUCCUUUGUUGGAACAAAAAAAAUUAGAAAAAAUUUAAGAAGCAUGGGAGCGCAAAUCUCCAAAACCGCUGGAAAAGGGGACGCCGCGGUGGAAAAGCAGGCGGAGGGCGUAGAGGUUGCUGCCAAGACAAACGGACAGGAAAAUGGUCACGCCAAGAGCAACGGAGAUGCCUCUCCUGCUACAGAGGAAGCCAACAAAGCUGAUGUGCAGGCUAAUGGUAGCACUCCUACAGAGGAGGUGCCAAAAGAAGAUGGAGAGAAAGUAGAGGGCGCUGAAGCCGGCGGAGAGAAGGAGGCAGGUGCCACAAAUGGAGAAGCUUCCGCCAAGCCGGAGGAAGGCACUCCAUCCACUAGCGAGGAUGGCAAGCAGAAGAAGAAGCGGUUCUCCUUCAAAAAACCCUCCUUCAAGCUCAGCGGCUUCUCUUUCAAGAAGACCAAGAAGGAGUCUGAGGAAGCGACGGAGGAGGCAGCAGCGGCAAAGCCAGCCGAAGGAGAGAAGUCCGAAGAGGCUGCCACCGAGGAGGCCAAGCCAAGUGAGGGCGGUGAAGAGGGAGCCAAGGAGGCAGCAGCAGCUCCUGAAGAGCCAAAGGAGGUGAAGGGAGAAGAAGCUGCAGGAGGAGAAGAGAAACCAGCUGAAGCUUCAGCUACUGAGCCAGAAACGGCAGCCAGUCCAGAGGCCACGGCAGCUGCUGAGUAAUCCUGCUGAACAAGAUCCCGGAAUGAAGGAAAAGUUGUAGCUCAUUUUUGAAGAAAUGCGAGAACUUGUCUAAAACCAGGGAUUUUUUUUCUUCUUUGUUUACUACUUCUGCAACCACCUCAUCCCUAAUGAUUGCAAUGUCCCUGGCAGUGAUGGACAGGAGGUGCAGUAGAGUGUGUGCAGCUUCAUCACUGCUUAUCGGUGCUUGCAUGUGAAACAUGGAUGAGUGUGAAAGUGCGACUGUGAGCAAGAUUUUUUUCUUCAUUUUUUUUUUUUUUUUGGUUUAUUUCCGACAUGACGCGUUGCUAAAUUUGAUGUAUUUAAUCACAGUAUUUGGUGCUGGCAGUUGGAUGUAGCAGCUAAAGCUGUGUCUGCAAGAUCUGACACAUUGUGAUGUUUAAAGGGAAAAAAAGUCCUUAUCCAAGUCUUAAAUGUUGUCUUUGCAGUGCACAGUUGUUUACAACUCUUGAAAUUUAACGCUCCUGUGGACACUAACCAUUCCUGAACUAGAUUUAGUUAACUGUCAACAAUAGGUGCUUAUCACUUUCCAUUAGAUUCCAUUUCCGAAAUUUCUGUAGUAAUGCACGCUGUAUAGACUUUGAUAUUACUGGUUUUAUGACUGAGAUGUACCUAAUGAUUGAAGGUUUUUAACUGAUUACCCAUUGUAAAUGAAGUUUUCUUGUUUUUUCACCAUUUGUAAGAUUGAAUAAAAAUUGGGAGAUGUUUUAAGCA